CGCGUAUGCCUCGAAGACGCGUCAGUCACUGACAAUUAGUACAUCCAUCUUAACCGUCCUCCGUCUGAAGCAAUCAUGGCAAGGAGAUACGACAGUCGUACAACUAUAUUUUCUCCUGAAGGUCGAUUAUACCAGAUCGAAUAUGCUAUGGAGGCUAUCUCCCAUGCAGGCACCGUACUCGGCGUACUCGCCAAGGAUGGUGUCGUGCUCGCAGCGGAGAAACGUGUAACGGGUAAGUUACUCGACCUGUCCGGUGCGAAAGUGGGAGGUGGAUAUGGUGGUAGUGGUGAGAAGAUGUUCUUGCUCAAUUCAAACGUGAUCGGCGGCGUGGCAGGUAUCACCUCCGACGCUAACUCUCUGGUGAAUUAUGCACGGACGGUUGCCCAGCAGCACCUACUCCAGUAUAACGAUGACAUCCCCGUCGAAGUCCUUGCACAGAGGCUCUGCGAUCUCAAACAAGGGUAUACUCAAUACGGUGGUCUUCGACCAUUUGGUGUCUCCAUUCUGUAUGCGGGUUACGAUCCACACUAUCAGUUCCAGCUCUAUCACUCCGACCCUUCGGGCAACUAUUCCGGAUGGAAAGCAACUUGCAUCGGCGCGAACAAUGGAACGGCACAGAGCCUCCUCAAGCAAGAGUACAAAGACGACAUUAGCGUCGAACAGGCGAUCAGCCUCGUAUUGAGGGUUAUGAGCAAGACGAUGGACAGCCCCACACUUGGGAGCGAAAAAUUGGAAUUUGCGGUGUUGACGUACGACGAGACUGCGAAGCAGCCCAAGGCCAAGAUAUACAGACCCUCGGAGAUUGAUGCUUUACUUGUUGCAGAGGGUCUGGCGAAGAAGGAUGACGAUGCGGAAAUGAAAUCGUAGAUGUGACAUUCAUGUAUCUCUUGCGUUUUUUUCUGAUCUGCAUAUCUCUCAAUGCGUGUAUUUUCUCAAGUGUGCAUAAGUUGGUAUUGCAUCACACCCCAGAC